AACAAACAUUGUAUUCUGCGUGCAGUACCAAUUAAAAUAAAGUGAGAUACAAUUGAAAAUUAAUGGCUCUUAUCAAUAUUGAUGGUGAUCCAUGGCUCACUGAUUUAGAUGCCUGCGAAAGACUAAGCAAUGAAAUUCAAUCCCAGCUGGUAUCUCGCAAUCGCGAAAACAGUUUAUCCCGGGAAUACUCGUCCAUCUCUGGUCAAAUUAGGGUACGAUUGAAGCAGUUUGGUUCAGAACUGGAACAGCUGAAUAAAAAACUAAACUACAUUUCUGGUUCGCUCACGUCUGCCGAAGCGGAACGCAGACAGCGGCAGGUUGAAGCACUACAGUCAAAAUUGGUUCAGUUGCAGCGACAGUUUAGCAAUGUUGAAGCCUCGGCAGAGCGAGCAAGUUUGUUCGCAUCAGACAACAACCGGUUGUUCGAUGACGAUGACGACGAUCCGGCGUUAAUUAAACCAGAAGCAAGUUACAGCGUGACGGAUUUACGGGCUCAGCAAACGAGAAUACUGGAAGAUCAGAACGAAGGAUUGGAAGCAUUAUCAAGAGUUAUUUCCAGACAGAAAGUUCUAGCCACUCAAAUUGGAAGCGAAGUUGAUCGUCACAAUGAAAUCCUGGACAAUUUGGCCGACACGAUGGAAACAACGGAUGCUCGGUUGGACCGUGAGACGCGCCAGAUCGGCGUUGUGACUGUGCAAGAUUCUACUUGGGGCUACUGGACAGUAAUCGGAAUUUUAGCAGCGGCAAUAAUUAUUGUAGCCAUUCUUUAGUUGAUGGUGCUCGGGUUCCUGGUCGAUAGUACUAUUCGAACUGGAACGGGUGUCUACGUAUAAGGAAAUGAAUAUAUUUCAACUGGAAAGAAACUAACCCUCGUAUAGUAUGCGGAUAUUUUUCAGUUUUAUUUAUCAUUGAUAAUAUUGUAUAAUAAAUGUUGUAAUAAAAAAUACGCAUAUCUGCAAUAACAUUUAUCAAUGGACCUAGUAAAAUGGCCAGAACGACGUUGUAGGAUAAGAUGAAACCAACAUAAUAAAAUUUUAAAUGUGUAUACUUAUGGAGAGCCUUCCUCUGACUCGAUAAUUCCAAAAAUAUUGCAUAUUACCAAAUAAAUUACUGAAAAAACAA